AUCGCCAACGCUGUCUUUUUCCCCGGGCAUUGGUCGUAGAACAAUGUUUGGGUUUGGCUAUGAUCCGUCAAGUGACAAAUACAAGGUUGUAGCAAUUGCAUUGACUAUGCUCUCACUUGACGUAUCUGAAAAGACUGAGAUGAAAGUUUAUGGCGCGGGUGACAGUAGUUGGAGAAACCUUAAAGGUUUUCCUGUUCUUUGGACUUUACCUAAAGUUGGUGGAGUGUAUCUGAGUGGAACCCUUAAUUGGGUUGUUAUUAAGGGAAAAGAAACCAUUCAUUCUGAAAUCGUAAUUAUUUCUGUUGACCUGGAGAAGGAGACUUGCAGAUCAUUGUUUCUUCCCGACGAUUUUUGCUUUUUUGAUACAAAUAUUGGAGUUUUUAGAGACUCGCUGUGCGUUUGGCAAGAUAGCAACACCCAUCUUGGCUUGUGGCAGAUGAGGAAGUUUGGAGAUGACAAGUCUUGGAUUCAAUUAAUAAAUUUUAGUUAUUUAUAUCUUAAUAUUCGUCCUUAUGAAGAAAAAUCCAUGAUUUUACCAUUGUGCAUGUCUAACAAUGGAGACUUCUUCAUGCUGAAAUUCACUAGAAAUGCUGAUGAUGAAUACCAAACAAUUCUGUAUAACCAGGGGGAUGGUAAGUCUCAAGUUUCUGUCGUUCCCUCAGGUAGUUUCAGAACUUUGUUGUGGCGCAACCUCAAGAUUUUUACCAAAAGUUUGGUCAUACCUUAUUGAAAUUCUACAGAUGUACGAGGACAGAACAAGAAUGGUACAUUAAACUGUAGUAUUUA